CCAUUUUGGCGACGGGAAGAGCUCGGGUGUGGGGCUGCGGAAGGCUGCGGUGGUGACGAUAACUUAAAAGGAAAACGUCCGCCCUCUCCGCCUGAAAUGGCCAAUGUGCUCUGUAACAGAGCCAGACUGGUCUCCUACCUCCCAGGAUUUUGCUCUUUAGUUAAAAGGGUUGUCAGUCCGAGAGCCUUUUCAACUGUAGGAUCUUCAGGUUCUGAUGAGUCUCAUGUAGCCACUGCACCACCAGAUAUCUGCUCUCGAACAAUCUGGCCUGAUGAAACUAUGGGACCAUUUGGACCACAGGAUCAGGGGUUCCAACUUUCUGGGAACAUGGGCUUUGAUUGCCACCUUAAUGGGACAUCUUCACAGAGGAAAAGCCAGGCUUAUAAAACAUUGCCUGAUGUCCUGGCAGAACCUUUAUCGAGUGAAAGACAUGAGUUUGUGAUGGCACAGUAUGUUAAUGAAUUUCAGGGUAAUGAUACACCUCUUGAACAAGAAGUUAAUAGUGCAGAAACUUACUUUGAAAGUGCUAAAGUAGAGUGUGCCAUCCAAACAUGUCCAGAAUUGCUGAGAAGAGAUUUUGAAUCACUGUUUCCAGAAGUAACAACCAACAAAUUAAUGGUUUUGACUGUAACCCAGAAAACUAACUAUGAUAUGACUAUUUGGAGUGAGAAAGUAGAAAAUGAGAUAGAAAUGCUUUUAGAAAAGUUCAUUAAUGGUGCUAAGGAAAUUUGCUAUGCUCUUCGAGCUGAAGGCUAUUGGGCGGACUUUAUUGACCCAUCAUCUGGUUUGGCAUUUUUUGGACCAUAUACCAACAGCACACUUUUUGAAACUGAUGAAUGCUAUCGUCAUUUAGGAUUCUCUGUUGAUGAUCUUGGCUGCUGUAAAGUGAUUCGUCAUAGCAUCUGGGGUACUCAUGCAUUUGUAGGUAGCAUUUUCACUGAUGCAACACCAGAGAGCCAUAUUAUGAAGAAAUUAAGUGGCAACUAGCAG